GAGAGGGAGAGGAGGAGAGCGCCGCCGCCGCCGAUGGAGUUCGAGAGGAGGAAAGCGACGACGCUCGCGUCCCUCGGCCGCUCCGACGCCGACAGGUCGCCGAAAGGCUCGCUGGACGCUCCCAUCGUCCCCCUCCUCGCCACCAUCAACCGCCACCCUUCAUACUACACCACCAGCUCCUGCAGCGGCCGCAUCUCCAUCCUCUCCCAACCUCCCCCCGCCGCCGCCGCCGCCGCCGCCAAGAACAAGAAGGCCCGCGGCGGGACCUGGCUCUACAUCUCCCACGACCCCGCCGAUCCCGACUCCGUGCUGUCCUCGCUCUUCCCCGCCGAGCCGGGCCGAGCCGGCUCGUCCGAGCUGGUGUUUCGGUUCGAGCCGCUCAUCGUGGCGGUCGAGUGCAGGGACUUGAGCUCGGCGCAGCUGCUGGUGUCCACCGCCAUCGCCUGCGGGUUCCGGGAGUCGGGGAUCACGAGCGCGAGCACGAGGGUGAUCGUCGCCGUCCGGUGCUCGAUCCGGAUGGAGGUGCCGCUGGGAGACGCGCGGGAGAUCGUGGUGCCGCGCGAGUACGUGAAGUUCCUCGUCGGGGUGGCGAACGAGAAGAUGGAGGCCAACAGGAGGAGGACCGAGAAGUUUCAUCAAGCGUUGCGGAGGAUGUGGAGUUCGGAGGGCGAAGUGAAUGGUGCUGGUGAUGAGAAGACCGAGAGUUUGUCAAGGAAUGCUGAGAGUUUAAAAGAGUGUGAGUGUGAGAGUGUUACUUGUGUUGGGAGUUCAGAAGCUGGUGCUACUUUGGAUGGAAAUGCCAGAGAUGGGCCUACAGUGCAUCAGGAUUGCAGCUUGUCUAUUACUCCCCUGAAAAUUCUGGGUGAACCUCAGGAGAAACUAUUCCUCUGGGGUCACUCUGCCUGCACAGUGGAUUGGAAAAACCGUGAAGAACUUCUUGUUUUUGGUGGUUUUGGAGGAAUGGGAAGGCAUGCAAGAAGAAAUGACUGUUUACUUCUUGAUCCAUCGUCCUGCACAUUAGAGACUAUUGCUGUUAGAAGUGCUCCAUCUCCACGAAUGGGCCAUACAGCAACAUUGGUUGGAGAUCAAAUGUUUGUCAUUGGUGGCCGGACUGAUCCAUUAAAUAUUCUAAGUGAUGUAUGGGUCUUCAACACAACUACUAAUGAAUGGAAAUUGUUAAACUGCAAUGGUCAUGUGUUUCCUCCAAGGCAUCGCCAUUCAGCGGCAGUUUUAGGUUCGAAGAUUUUUGUAUAUGGUGGACUGAACAAUGAAUCAAUCUGUUCAUCCUGCUUUGUCUUGGAUACAAGCAAUUUAUGCUGGGAAGAGUGGGCUGUAGGUGGGGAUCAGCCGUGUCCUCGUCAUUCACACUCUAUGGUGGCAUAUGGAUCAAAGGUUUUCAUGUUUGGAGGAUAUGAUGGUGAAAAAGCAUUGGGAGAUUUGUACAGCUUUGACAUUCAGGCAUGUGCUUGGCAAAGGGAGAAGACAUUGGGCAAAGGACCACAUGCUAGGUUCUCUCAUUCAAUGUUUGUCUACAAGCAUUAUAUAGGCAUCAUUGGUGGUUGUCCUGUCAAACAGCAUCUUCAAGAGUUGUCACUGCUUGAUCUGCAGCUGCAAAGCUGGAAGCGUGUGACACUCAAUUCGGUCAGCAGAUAUUUGUUCGUGCGUACUACAGUGAACAUCGUUGGUGAUGAUCUUGUCGUGAUGGGGGGUGGGGCAUCUUGUUAUGCAUUUGGAACAACGUUUAGUGAGCCCAUGAAAAUUAACCUGCACCAUUUAGAUAGCUCAAGUCACAGUAUGCUGUCCAGUGGAGACAAGCACCCUUUCCGUCAAGGAGAGGUAGCCGAGGAAACACAUGGUCGGUGUCAGGGUCAAGGUCUACAACGUAAGCAUGCUCAAAGUUUAGGUGAAAAUUCUGACUUAAAGUUUGAAGAAGCAAUUAAUUUGGUAGGACCUCGGACAAAUCCCAUGCAUUGGCUUCUACAAGUUGAAAGAAACCGUGCAAAGCUAGCAAAGGACUUAUUGAAGAAGUUUGGAUGGUUGGACAUGGGGAGGAAGGUAUAUACCAGUGAGGAUGGGAUGCAUAUUUGUUUCCCCGUGACUGAAAAAUUUCAUGCUCUGUAUGAGAAGCAGGAACAUGGAGCAGAUGUUUUUGAGGAGCUAAAUGAGCUGUGUUCUUCAAAACAAUCGGUAGAAUCAGAUGUCUUGUUGAAUCAGAAUACCUGGUCAGCUGCCUGGAAUCUUUUGAAGCAAGCUGGUGCAACUGUGCUGGUUGAUAGAGUUGGAGAAGUCAGAAAAGUUGCUAGAUCUCCAUAUGCUGUGAUGAGGGAAGCGGUUGCGGUGCUACUUAAGCAGAGAGGGUUAUCGGAAGAACUUCUUGAGCAGCUUCCCACAAGAUGGGAACGGCUGGGAGAUAUUGUUGUUCUUCCAGAAGCAUCCUUCAAGGAUCCAAUUUGGGAGACAAUUGGUGAGGAGCUCUGGCCCGUUAUUGCCAAAGUCCUCAAUACUCGUCGCCUUGCUCGCCAAGGCUAUGUUGCACGUACUUCUACGAGGGACAGUGCUCUGAAGAUCCUAUCUGGUGAUGAUGGUUGGGUUGCCCACCGUGAAAAUGGUAUCUUGUAUUCUUUUGAUGCUACUAAGUGCAUGUUCUCGUGGGGCAAUCUUUCCGAAAAGUGUCGCAUGGCUCGUCUAGAUUGUCGAGGCGAAGUUGUUGUUGAUUUGUUCGCUGGAAUUGGAUACUUUGUGUUGCCCUUCCUUGUUAGGGCUCAGGCUAAGCUAGUAUAUGCCUGUGAAUGGAACCCUCAUGCCAUUGAGGCACUACGUCACAAUUUGCAGGCCAAUUCAGUUAUAGAUCGCUGUGUCGUUCUUGAAGGAGAUAAUCGGAUCACAGCACCCAAGGGAAUUGCUGAUCGAGUGUGUCUUGGUCUCCUUCCUUCGAGUGAGGGCAGCUGGGUAACUGCUAUAAGGUCAUUAAGGAAGGAAGGCGGGAUGCUACAUGUGCAUGGAAAUGUGAAAGAUUCAGAGGAGAGUACAUGGGCUGAGUACGUUUCACGAUCAUUGCAUGAAAUUGCUAAAUCUGAAGGAUAUCCUUGGGAAGUUGUAAUAGAACACAUGGAGAGAGUGAAGUGGUAUGCGCCACACGUUCGCCAUCUUGUUAUCGACGUCAGAUGCAGACAUAUUCAGAGUUCGUCAUGAUUGCUCAAGCAAGUCAAUGACCUCCAAGAAACCUCAACAAAGGUGAUGAUUGUUGGCGAAAACUAUUGCAUUUUUAGCACCAAAACUUUCGAUAUAUUCUAGAGGAACAAGAUGCAUCGGAAACUUUGAACUAGACAUAAACAGAGUUUGAAGAAGGGAAUGCUGCUCAACACGGGAGAGACAUGGAGGCCUGUAGGGUUUCGAAGGAAAAGGAUUUGCUGCACAAGACAUCUUCAUUCGCUCUAUUGGAUUUGACAAGUAUCACAACAAGAAAAACGCCCCGGGGCAACGGAUGAUAAAAUGUUCAGUAAGCAAAAGCGAUGCUCGAAGUAUUAUACAACUUCUGUGUCAAGGUGAACUUCACGAGCCCUCGACUAUUGGCAAGAGAGUAAAUCGGAACUCCUAACGGUUGCCGGCUAACUUCAACUCCGUUAUCGAUGUUUCAUAUUUCCCGCUAACGCCGCUUAAUGCCGCGAUUAGGGCUCUUUUUUUUAUACAUGUCAAAACUUGAUUAGUCAGCUAUUUCAACUUUGUUAUUCAGAUGUC